GGCUUGCAUUUGUCAUUUUCCGGUCGUCAUUCGUACGCGCGACUUUUUGGCGAGUGUGUAAAAAUCUCCGGCUCCGAACCGAAAAUCGUGCUGUUUAGCCCCCGAAAUUAGUAAUUCACAUUAUACAAUAUGGCCGACAAGCAGCAAGUCGAUAGCGAAAUGAACGGAGAGGAUUUCACCAAGGACGUGACCGCCGACGGACCAGGAUCUGAAAACGGGGAUGGGGCCGCCGCCGGCUCCACUAACGGCAGUUCCGACAACCAGUCGGGCGGAUCCGGCCAGCGGGAUGACGACAGAAAACUGUUUGUGGGCGGUCUGAGCUGGGAAACGACUGAAAAGGAACUGCGCGAUCACUUCGGCAAGUAUGGCGAGAUUGAGAGCAUCAAUGUCAAGACAGAUCCUCAGACUGGACGCUCGCGAGGAUUUGCCUUCAUCGUGUUCACCAACACCGAAGCCAUUGAUAAAGUUAGCGCCGCCGAGGAGCACAUAAUCAACAGCAAGAAGGUUGAUCCCAAAAAGGCCAAGGCCCGCCAUGGCAAGAUCUUUGUCGGUGGCCUGACCACAGAGAUUAGCGAUGAAGAGAUUAAGACCUACUUCGGACAGUUUGGCAACAUUGUAGAGGUUGAGAUGCCAUUCGACAAGCAAAAGUCGCAGCGCAAGGGCUUCUGCUUCAUCACCUUCGAUUCGGAGCAGGUGGUGACAGAUCUGCUGAAGACGCCCAAACAGAAGAUCGCCGGCAAGGAGGUCGAUGUCAAGCGGGCCACGCCCAAGCCAGAGAACCAGAUGAUGGGAGGUAUGCGAGGCGGACCACGUGGCGGUAUGCGCGGCGGACGUGGUGGCUACGGAGGACGUGGUGGAUACAACAACCAGUGGGACGGACAAGGUUCUUACUCGGGAUAUGGCGGCUACGGCGGAUAUGGUGCCGGUGGCUAUGGCGACUACUAUUCCGGCGGCUACUAUAAUGGAUAUGACUACGGUUAUGACGGCUAUGGCUACGGCGGCGGCUUUGAGGGUAACGGCUACGGCGGCGGCGGUGGUGGCAAUAUGGGCGGUGGUCGCGGUGGACCCCGUGGCGGCGGCGGCCCCAAAGGCGGCGGCGGUGGUGGCGGCGGUUUUAACGGUGGCAAGCAACGCGGCGGUGGACGCCAGCAACGGCAUCAGCCCUACUAAAAAGGGGUCGGGGCGUGGGCAUUGGGUAUCUCGCAUUCUCCGGAUAACUGCAAACUAUUUGAAUUUUACCUAGUUUAGUUUGUUAUGCAUAACUACAAAUACAACACACCUCACUCACACUUACAAACCAUCUGAAUAACCGCAUAUAUACGCAGUUGUAUAUAUAUAGAAGAGAAGGAAAUGAAUAGACUGGCUGGCUGCGAGAAAUAAUAUCAACAUCAGCUACCUUUACAAACCUUUACACACUUGUUGUGUAGCACCAUUCCAACAACAUCAGCAGAAGCAGAAGCAAAAGCAGCAGCAACAAUCCCUUAGCAACAUUAGGAGAAAAGAAGAAUCAUUUAUACCAUACAAAGCAAACCACACAAAACACAAAUGCAUACACACACAUAUAGUUCGGCAUAGAGACACGUGUAAUUUUUCAGCAAGUGGCUAAUUUUUCAUAGCCACACGCUCGUUAAGCCGACAAACCAACCAACCAACCGCCCACCUAAACAACCCUUCAACCCUUGCAAAACCCACAGGACAACCUUGCUGAGAACGUGGCACACAACAUUUGCCAAACCAAAUGCCGUGCAACGCAACUCACGUUGUCUGUGUGUCGAAACUAAUUUGUUUUUCUAAUGUAGUCCCAUACAUUAUGCGGGGUAAUUGUUCAACGUGUAAGUAGCACAGGGAAUCGGAGACAUUAGAAAGCAAAGCAAAACAAACAUACUUACGAAA